CCGGUUGCGGGCCGGGGUGGGCGGCUCUGGGGGCACGGUGGGCUGCUCGGCUGGGGGCGAAGCAGCUGCGCUCACUGGCGCUGCCUGCAGGUCUUUUCCGGGGCCCUGACCGGUGCUGCCGGGAGCACGACCAGUGCGAGGUGCAGAUCGCGGCGCUGGAGUUCAACUAUGGCAUCCGCAACUACCGGCUGCACACUGUGUCCCACUGCGACUGUGAUGCCAGGUUCCGGCAGUGCCUGCUGGACCUCAAUGACACCAUCUCUAACAUCAUCGGCAUCACUUUCUUCAACUUGCUGGAGGUGCCGUGCUUUGUGCUGGAGGAGAGCGAGGAGUGUGUGCAGUGGCACUGGUGGGGAGGGUGUGAGCGUUAUGGUGUAGUGCCCCUGGCCAGGAUGGUGCAGCAGAAUCAGUACCGCUAUGGCCUGCCAAUGGAGGAGACAGACAGCCUCACUGUGCAGUCCCUGCACAAGGGAAGGAAGUCCUCUAGGUUUGGCCGGAAGUGGCUACGACAGAGACUGGGACAAAAUCACAAGCUCCGCCAGAGCCCUGGGAAGAGUCGGAGACUUGUGGCAGUGCAGCAGCCGUGGGACCCAGGUACCUUGCCCCCUCCAUCUGCUAGGGAUGAUGUUGACCCCACAACCAGGUGCCUGACAGCUCAGUGGCAGCUGGAGCCAGGCCCUCCAACAGGAAUGACCAUGUUGGAGCAGGACUCUGAUGGAGGAAGGCAGAUACUUGGAGUAGCGCAGAAAGGCAGUAAGGGUUCAGCACACCCUGCCUGCGUGGCCCACGGCGAAGAAGACAGCGUGAGAUCCAGCCCAACCGUGGAGUUGCACAGAACAACCCCUGUGCCUCCCCUGGAUGAACGCAGGCAGCAGGGCUGGGGUAGGAUAUGCAGAUGCUACAAGCACCUGGAUAAGUGUGAGCACCAGAUUGCACCCCAUGAGGUUAAGUACAAGCUGCAUAACAUGGACACCCGGACCCUGUUUCACUGCAACUGCACUCGCAGACUGGCACGGUUCCUGCGCAGGGUGAGAGGCCUCAGUGAUGUGGAGGAGGCGGUACUGGCUGAGUGGAUUGCCAUGGACUGCUUCAUGCUGGAGCUGCUGGCUGACUGUGGCCUGGGCAAGAAGCCACAGCCCAACUGUAUUACAGUGACCCAGGCUGUGCUAGUACCUGCUUGGCAUCUCAGAAACACCUUGAGGCAAUGGGGUCCUCAGCAUGUGACCUCCAAGGUCAAGCACCAAGAUUGGAAGAUACAGGACAGUGGUGGUACACUCUAUGAGAGAUGCUUGCAACUGGCCUUGGAACAGAAACAGGGAGUUCAGCAUCACAUGGCACCCCGAUGAUGCCUGAGCAGAGCUGCCUUGCAUAGAAUGAAGAUGUGCUGUGCAGCAGCUGCUGGAACUGCUUAAUUCCUGUCCUGGAGACAAAGGAUGGCUCUGAGCAUGGCUGUUGGCAUAACUGUAUGGAGUCUUCCCUGGAGAUACUCAAAACCCACCUGGAUGUAAUCCUGGGCAAUGUGCUCUAGAGGACCCUGCUUGAGCAGGGA